AUGCGUACUGUAUGUACAAGUGCUGAUCUCUCUAUGUAUAUAUUUAUCUUUUCAGUGAAAAAUAUGAAAGUGUAUUUUCAUUUCCAAUUGGGCGCCUCUUAUGAUCAUGGCACAAUUUCGGCUGUGUUGGAAGCAAGUCAAACAAAUGACAAACUGGACAUCAAGUCGUGUUUAAAACAGAUCAGCAGGCAGUUGUUCGACAAUAUGAAGAUUGAUGUUAAUCCAAUCGACAUGGAAGUAACCACAAGCAAGAAGAAAGCUCUAGAAAUGGAAACAAACUUGGACACUCUGGAGGAUGGAGCUGAUCUUCUGGUGAUAGUACAUGACGACGCGAAUAAAAGUAAGGUUGUGUACGAGAAAACCAUUAUAACAAAAGAGAAAAAAAACGAGGAAGGAAUGGAAUCAAAUGAAGUUAAGACUGUUGAAACCAGUCCUGAAAUCGAGGCAUUUAUGAAAAACGCUAAGGGUUAUUUGAGUCGCAAACACCACGAUCUUGCCUUAGCGGAGUACAAGAAGGUUCUUGAGGUUCAGCCGAAUCAUUUUGAUGCUUUGUUUGGUCUUGCUUAUCUGUACUUUAAAGCAAACCGAUACGAAUCAAGUUUGCCGUACUUUGAAAAAGUAGUAAGCAAAGCUUCAGCUGAUCACGUAGUGUUGCUUGAUUAUGGAAAAGCUUUGAUGAAAUCUGGCGACGCAACGAAAGCAGUUAGUGUCAUUUCAAGAUGCAUCAAUGAGCUGAAAAGAGGAAAUAAACAAAUGGAGUCGAUUCACGACGCGAAUGUUGCUUUAGGUGAAGCUUUAGAAAGCAUGGAACAGCUGCCGAAUGCGUUUCAAUUAUUUCUAACUGUAGCUCAAAUGACAGACAAACAGCAUUUGGACGGGUUGUUGGGCUACGCCAGAGUGGGAUACAGAUUGGGUCAAGUGACUUUGGACGAUGUUUUCAUUGUUGUGCUCAAUGCUAUCGCUCAACGUAAAAACGAUGAAAGCAUCCAGGCAUUUUUUACUGCUAUGGUACAGCGAGAGGGUGGCUAUGAAGCGUUGCAAAGACAGAUGGGAGCUGCUUGGAUGGACGCACCUGCUAUUGUGUACAUUGCCACCUUUCUUAGAGAAUAUGGCGCCGUCAGUGAAUCUUUACGAAUGCUUCAACAUGCAUUCCAUCUUGAGUCGAAGAGCGUCGAUAUCGCAUUGUUGAUAACGCACCUCCAUGAGAACAUGUGUACCUUCGAUGAUCUAUUGAAGUUUGCUGCCGACUUUCUGGACGGAAAAUUAGAUCGACAAGUCGUGCGUAAAAAGGAUUUAAGUCCAAUUGUAAAGAUUAUUCGUCGUAUUUUGGAAAAAGAUUUAGAUGCUCUUCUCGGUAUCAUAGCAAAAGAGAUGGCUCCAGAGAAGGAAGAUAAAGGUCCGUCACCGAAAGGCGAUUUGGUCAACUUGGAGUUACAACUUCUUGCGUUGUAUUUCACCGUUGUAAAGACGUGUUACGUCGUGGGUCAUUUGGAAGCCCUUCCCGUCUUCAUUAAGAUUGUCGAUCCUUUGUUUAAGAUGAAUGAAAAUCUGUACAAAACAUUGAUUAGAAACGAACAGGCUUACUAUGCUUGCAUCAGCCAAAUCUAUUCGACGUGUCCGCCGCCAGCGUCGUCGUUGUCAGUGGAAGAUUCGCUGUAUUUUGUCGGCGACAGUCAUGUUUUGCCAGUGGCGUGGAGAAAUUUGACGAUUAAAGAUACAAAAUACACCAUCAAACCUAUAUUGGUUACUGGUUUAAAAAUAUGGCAUUUACGAAAAGAAUCGAAAUUUUACACGAAAUCAAACUUUCGUAAUUGUUUGCAGCUUAUUCCUAACGGCUCCUUCUGCGUGUUCGCGUUUGGCGAAAUAGAUUGUCGCGAAGGUAUUGUUCGCGCGGUCAGGAAGUGCGCCUACGACAGUUUAGAUGAUUGUGUCAAAUAUCUGGUUGAUAUUUACGUUAAGCGCCUGCUAGAGGUGCAAAAGAAUAAAAAAUUGAAAAUCUUUGUGCAUCCAGUACCUCCUGUUCUUAAAGAGACGAUCGGUACCGUAAGUUUAUUCAACAAAUGUUUGAAGAACCGAGUCGCGAAAACAUCUAAACUUACUUGGUUAGAUUUCGUCGAUGAGUUGUUGGACGAUUCUGCGGAAUACAUGAAAGAAGAGUAUCGUUUCGAUGGGGCGCACUUGCAUCCAAAAUAUGUCGACGUUUUAGAAAAGAGCUUUCAAAAAGAUUUCUAA